AUGACCAUCAUCACACGCAUCCUGUCCCACGCGGCAAACAAGCCCUACCGAACGAAAAAUCUAGAUACCGAACCGCCCUUUCUGAACGAUGACGGCCAUGUUGAUUUCGGCCCGAAUGAUAUCGAAAAUCCCCGCAAUUGGUCCUUCUCUCGGAAAACAUUCGUAACCAUCGCCGCGGUCCUGCUGGUCGUUAAUGCGACUUUUGCCUCGAGCUCGCCGAGUGGUUGUUUUCCUUCUAUCUCAAAGCAUUUUAAUAUUUCGACCGAGGUUACCGGUCUCACAAUAACAUUAUUUCUAUUGGGAUAUUGCGCUGGCCCUCUCAUCUUUGCCCCGCUUUCUGAAUUCUAUGGCCGACGAUGGAUCUUCUACAUCACUUUCGGCAGCUAUAUGGCAUUUAACUUUCUCUGCGCCUUUGCCCCGAAUUUCGCAGCCUUACUUAUCGGUCGGUUUUUGACUGGUACUUUUGUCUCCGCCUGUCUGAGCAAUUGUCCGGGUGUCUUGGCGGACUUGUGGAAUCCAUUGCAACGCGCCAAUGCGAUGGCCGGCUUUUCGGCUAUGGUUUGGAUUGGACCGGCUCUUGGACCUGUUGUUGCGGGAUUCAUCCAACUAAAGAAGGAUUGGCAGUGGAGUUUCUAUGUUCUGUUAUGGUUGGGCGCGCCGACUUGUUUGGUCAUGCUGACGAUUCCUGAAACCUAUGCGCCGAUUGUUCUCUGCAAUAAGGCGAAGCGAAUUCGCAACGCGAAGAUUCCGGGAUAUGAGACCGUGAAAGCGCCCGCGGAGGAGAGUGAUCGUACACUUGCUGGUAUCUACAAGGUCGCCCUUGUUCGACCUUGGAUCAUUCUCUUUGAUCCGAUAUCCUUGUGCUGUGCUAUCUACCUGGCCUUUGUUUACACCCUGCUCUACAUGUUAUUUAGCAUCUAUCCCAUUGUCUUCCAGGAGAAGCGAGGGUGGAAUUCUGGUGUCGGAGAGCUACCACUGGUUGGCACCGUUGCCGGCGCGCUGCUCGGCGGCGCAGUUGUCCUGAUUGAUACCCGGAUGCGACAGAAAAGAGUCGACAGAGGGGAUAUGAAGAUGGAAGAUGCUGAGCCUGAGGAUCGGCUGCCCCUUGCCAUGAUUGGAGGUGUUGGGUUCGCUGCGUCCAUGUUUUGGUUUGCAUGGUCGGCCGAGUACAACCAUGUCCACUGGAUUGUCCCAACGUUGGCUGGAUGCUUUCUGUCUAGCUGCCUUCUCCUAAUUUUCGUUUCGUAUCUCAAUUAUCUGGUAGACGUUUAUAUGAUGUAUGCCGCAUCAGCCAUUGCUGCGAACACAAUUGCGCGAUCCGCCUGCGGCGCUGCUGCGCCGCUCUUCACAAAUCAAAUGUUCAACGCGCUCGGGGUGGGAGGCGGAGGUAGUCUCAUUGGAGGAGUGGCUACUCUGUUGGCGGUGAUUCCAUUCCUCUUUUACAAAUAUGGCAAGCAGAUUCGGGCCCGGAGCAAGUUUUCGCCAACGACACAGCAGCGUGUACAACCGAAGGAUGAGGAGAGUAUGCCGAAUAGGGACGGGGAAAUGGAUAACUCCGAGUCGAAGGAACUUGCAUAA